AUGUCUGACAAUUUGCACCACCGAGAUCUCUGGGAGUGGGCAGCCGAUCUCCUCCGCGAUCCUCGGCUGUUCCCCCAUAUGGUUUUUGAUGCACAGCGCCUCUCAAAAUUUGAUGGCAAGACCUUCGUACGUUUUAUAGAUGAGCCUUUCACAGCUGACACCUUUUGGAAUGUUCAAUCACAGCUACCACCGGGCGGCAAGCCCUUAGCAUUUGUUUUGUAUGCUGACAAGACUAGGUUGUCGUCAUUUGGUACCGCAAGAGGGUAUCCCGUCGUUGCACGCUUAGUGAAUCUGCCCGCAGACAUCCAUAAUGGACAGGGUGUUGGUAGCGGCAAUAUUGAUAUAUUUGUGGUUGGGACUGAUGCUCUGACACAGGUAAAGGAAGACAGGGACCACGCCGGCAAACCAAACUGGGUCAACUUCAAGAAUGCUGUUUGGCAUGAAUCCCUCUCAAAGAUCCUAUCUUCGCUCGCAUCGAAAUCGCACACUGGACAGUGGUUUGAGUGCCUUGAUAACAUUCAGCGGUGGUUCUUUCCUAUCAUCCUAAUUUUAUCUGCAGACUACGAGGAACAAUGUGUUAUGUCGCUAAUCCGAGGCAUCAAAUGCCUUUGGCCGUGUCCGGUCUGUCUUGUUCCCCACGACCAGCUUUUGAACACGUUGAAGUGUUAUCCUUGUUGGACGUCUGCCCAAUUGCAGGAAGUGUUGAAGGCUGCACGGGACGAGGCGACUGCGGAGGAGAAGGAGGAGAAACUCAAAGAGUAUGGCCUUCGUGAUAUCGCGAAUGCCUUUUCGACCAUGAUGUGUACUGAUGUACACAAUGCGUUGUUGUGGGAUCAACUCCACUUCAAUGGCGGUCUAUAUCGUGACCAUCUCUGGGCUGAACUACAGAAAUUCAUUGUCAGUUUGGGACGAGCAAAAGUAGCACAAAUAGACAAAAACUAUGAAGCCUUCCCUCGCUGGCGGAACUUGAGGCAUCUAGCUCAGGUCAUGAACAUUUCUUUCGCUGAUGGUGGUGUGUACAAGGAUAUCUCCAAGAUGGUGGUCCAUGCUGCGCAUGCGAUUUUGACGGAGGACGACUGCCCACGUGGCUACCUCCUACUUCGUUGCACUCGCCUCUUCCUCGAAGUUGACGCGUAUGCGGCACUUGAAGUUCACACAACAUCAGGAAAAUGUGUUUUUGCCAUAACAGGCUCUGCUCCUGCUCCUGCCCCUCCUCUUUUUCGCUCUCCUCUCUCUCUCCAGCUCUCUGCACCUGCACCUGUUUUCACUCUUCCUUCUGCUCUUGCUCCUGCUCUCACUCCUACACCUGCUCCUGUUGUGGCUUUUGUUGUGAAGCAGAAGUACUCAUGGUGUUACACCAAUGUCACCACUUGUAGCAGCUUCUAUAGUUUGGGGAAAGGGAAAAAAAUGUGCGACAUGAAGGUUAAAGAGCCUGGAAAUAGAUUAGUCCCUAGCCCAUUGGCGAAGUAA